GGGAGGGGCUCAUGUUGUGUUUCCAACUUCUACUAGCUAGCUCUUCAUUUUUAGCCCACGCGCGGAGGGGCAUUUCAAGAAAAGAGGCUGACCUGGCGUAAUGAAACACACCUGAAAUAUGAGGAGGGAGAUUGCAGCAGUGGUAUUUUUCCUGAAAAGGCUUGUGAAAAAAAGGGAGAAGUUGGAAUCGCCUAAGAUUGAGCUGUUUGUUGAGAGGCUGGCUGUUGCACUCCAGGAGAAGUUCAAGGGGCACUGGUAUCCCGAAAACCCCAGCAAAGGCCAGGCAUACAGGUGCAUCCGAGUUAACGGAUUCCACAGGCAGGAUCCAGAGCUCUUCCGGGCCUGCUGGGAGAGUGGGGUGCAGUACAGUGACCUGGGGCUGCCUCAUGAACUGACAUUGUGGGUGGAUCCAGGGGAGGUUUGUUGUAGGUAUGGAGAGCAAAACCCGUGCUUCUCAGUCGCUACUUUCAGUAGUAACGAUGAGGAUGACAAAGAUGUUGCGAAGAAGGUGACCAGUGCUCUGGAAAGGGUGACGUCAGACUACCAUUCAGGCUCUUCUUCUGACGAGGAGGGCGCACGCACUUCACCACUCACAAUCCCCACCCAGAUGAUGAAUCCAGCUGCUCCUUCCUGGCAUCCCAAAAAAAUGGUACCAGGCAACAGUCUCAUCCUCCCACAGCCUCACUUUGGCUACCGACCUCGCAGCAGGGCCCCCCACUCCUUGAGGCACAAUGUAUGGAUCCCUCCUGUCUAUAAAGGAAAGCCUGGAUACUGGGAUGUGAACCACAAUCCAGCACACUGCUACAAUUAGGAAUUAUGGUGCUAACUGUUCACACUGGACAUGUGAUCAAUGACCAAUUUUUUUCUUUUUUAAACAUGAAUUUUUUAUAACUUAAUUUCUUCUGGCGAAUUCUUUUUGCACUUUAGAUCUUUUUUGUUAUAGUUGAAAUAAAUCACAUCUAGAAAAUUGGUUAUUGAAAUUGGAAUACUACAUGUGUAAUCUUGAAAGUUUUGUAUUUUUACUACAUAAGACCUUCAUGUUUGCCACCUAAUGUCCUUUGUGAUGAAAUGUUUUAUUUAUUCAGUGAAGAGUUUUCAGAUGUAUAGGCUUAAAGUUAUGGAAUUUUAUUAAACAUUUCCAAGCAUCGUUUUAAUGUUUUUAGUAUUUAGCUCCCAACGUAUUGUGGUUGACCUGUACUUAUGUCAUUUUGAUAAUAUUUCCUAGUAGUAAAUCAUUUUACUGUUUAAAUUAGUUUAUAGCUAAAUUUGAGCUGAAUUUUAAACGGAUGUGGGGAGAUAAAAGGAGCGAUGGAGAGUUCAAGUUGUUUUAUGACAAAAUCUGUAACUCCAGUCAAGUUAUAUAACAUGCGUCUUGUUGGGUUGGGAAUUUAAUUUUAUUCAGUUUUCUGGGUAGAUACAGAAAUACUUUUGUCUUUGAGGCUGGCUAGUUAACGUGGCAUUUUUUAGUAAACAAAGUAAGAUGCUUAUAAAACAAGUUCUGGCAUCUUCUGCAUAUUUUGUGGAUGAAAUCUGUGUUAGGUUUGAGAACGGGCUGCUGCUGGCUCAGAUGGUUCAUAAAAGCUGAGUUCGCAGAGGUUCUUGAAAUCCAUAAAAAUGCUUAAGCUUUAAUCUGUUUUCAAGAUCUGAAAAGUGCUUAAAUUUUAGAUGUAAUACUCGCAGCUUAUUGUUUGGUUGUGUAGUAGUUUGCUGGAAGUUUUUGCUGCAUAAAUAAGCAAAUAACCCAACUGUUUUGCAGAAAGCAGCACAGCUACACCCGCAGUGUGAAGUAGAGUUGUGUUAGUGGCCGUUUCUUUUAUGAUAUCCAGUGGCCUGGUUUAUUUUACUUUAAUUUGUCUAUUUUAGUUAAUUCAAAUAUGUAAAUAGCACUUGCACCAACUGAAGUUAGUGUUUUUAAUUUUCAAAAAGCAAUCAUUGGCAGCACAAUGUAUUGUCCCAUGUUAUGUGUUCAGAAGUUCAGGAUGAGCAGUACAGUGCAGGCAACUUUUUCUUGUUUGAAUUUUAAGCAAUUAAGGGCACUUAUAUGAAAAGAAGUUGAUUUAUUGUUUUAUUAGAAAAGGCUAAAGGAGCUGAUGGACUACCUUUUAUCAGACUGGUUUGUUUUUGUAUCUUUCACGUUUUCAAGAAAUGAUAUAUUGAAAUGUAAGAUUUGUCAUAGAUUAGAUUGUAUAGAAUAAGUAUUCUAAAAGGUAGAUGUCACUUUAUAUAAAAAAUAAAUUUUGUCAUGUUUACCUUA